AUGAGAGAGACAAACCAGUCGAGUGUCUCUGAGUUCCUCCUCCUGGGGCUCUCCAGGCAGCUCCAGCAGUAGCAGCUCCUCUUCCUGCUGAGCAUGUACCUGGCCACGGUCCUGGGAAACCUGCUCAUCCUCCUGGCCAUCAGCCUGGAUUCCCACCUGCACAUCCCCAUGUACUUCUUCCUCUGCAGCCUGUCCUUCGUGGAUGUCUGCUUCUCCUCCACCUCUGUCCCCAAGAUGAUGGCCAACCACAUACUCAGGAGUCAGACCAUCUCCUUCUCUGGGUGUCUCACACAGAUGUAUUUUGUUUUCAUGUUCGUGGACAUGAACAAUUUCUUCCUGGCCGUGAUGGCCUAUGACAGCUUUGUUGCUGUAUGCCACCCCUUACACUACUCAGCAAACAUGACCCACCAACUCUGUGCCCUGCUGGUCACUGGGUCAUGGGUCAUUGCCAACUUGAAUGUCCUGUUGCAUACCCUGCUGAUGGCUCAACUCUCAUUCUGCGCGGACAAUGCCAUCCCCCCCUUCUUCUGUUAUGUGACCCCCCUCCUGAAACUCUCCUGCUCUGACACACACCUCAAUGAGGUGAUGAUUCUGACUGAGGGUGCCCUGAUCAUGAGCACCCCAUUUGUUUGCAUCCUGGUAUCAUAUAUCCAUAUCACCUGUGCUGUCCUGAGAGUCCAGUCCACAAAGGGAAGACGGAAAGCCUUCUCCACCUGUUGCUCCCACCUGGCUGUCGUUUCCUUCUUCUAUGGCACCAUCAUUGCUGUUUAUUUUAACCCUUUAUCCUCCCACCCAUCUGAGAAGGACACCACAGCUACUGUGAUGUACACGGUGGUGACCCCCAUGCUGAACCCUUUCGUCUGCCUGAGGAACAGGGACUUGAAAAGGGCUCUUGGAAGAGUGGUUGGCAGAAAAACAUUUUCUGUCUGA